AGAGAAUUGGAAUGUUUAACAGGUGAAUGGUUUUAUCUUCAAACUGGUAAGAAAUUUAAACGAUGUGGAAGUGCAAAAAUUGUUCGUGAAUUAUACAAACGUGAUAAAGUACUUGCUGAAACUGAUGAACUCGAUGAUGAUCUAGGAUAUGAAACAUUACGAAUACAUAAUAGUAAUGAUUCAAAAGAUUCGGGUUCUAUGUGUUCGUAUGUUGUUCAUGAUAAAAAUAUUCGAAAUGAAUUAAAUGAAUAUGUACAACGAUUAAUUCUACUUAUCGAUAAUUUAAAAUCAGAUAUACCUGAAUCAAAUACGUCUAACAAUUGCUUCCCAUUAUAUACCGAAAUUAAAGAAAGUCUAAAAAAUCAUCAACAACAAAUUAUAUUAGAAAUUACUCGUGCUCGUACUGCUAUUAGUGGACCACUUCGACGUUCAAAUACUCAAGUAAAUGUGACAUAUGAGAAUGAUUUACGCAAUUUAUUAAUACAAAAAACUGAAUCUAUUCUUCAAAUAAAUCUACACCAAACUGAUAAAAAUUUAUUGGUAAAUUCAACAGAUUUUGAUCAAAAAUUAGCAAAAAUUAUAUUUGAUAAAUAUACGAAUGAAAAAAAGGAUUCGUCUUUGAUUAUUUCUCAAAUUCCUUCAACACUCGAGAAUAAUGUUCCAUCUCAAAAUAUAAAUCCAUCAUCUGAGACAAAGUCUCAAAAUGAUACUUUACUCAAAAUGAAUUUAUCAAAUGAAUCAAUAACUGAAGAAGAAAAUAAUGAAGACGAAAUAACUCCAACUGAAAGUGUAUUUGAAGAUGAAAAAUCUGAUUAUGACGAUAACACACGUCAUUUUAUUUUUCCAAAUCAUGAAAUUAUCAAAAACUCUAAUGAUCGUAUUAAUAAUUGGAAAGCAAAUUUUACUAUAACUAAAUCUAAGAAUGUUCCAUCAGAUAAUGAUGAACAAAAAGAAUUUUCUACUUGGUUAUAA